CGCCCCCUUUGGCAGGAAGUGGGAGAUGCACCCGCCGCGACAGAGACAGACAGGCAGAGAGGGUCUGUCUAGGAGCGAGGAAGGAGGCGAAGGGACUCAAGGCGGGCCGCUGGAAGGGAAGGGGAGCCUGUCUUCCAGGGGAACGGCGACAACGAAGGCGACGCUCCUGCUGCUGCUGGUGGUGCUUGAGGGGGCGCGGUUGCCGCUUUCUGCCGUCGGGCCCCGGCUCCGCCCCCUCGGCUCUUUCAGCCGCCGCCACCGCCCCCUUAUGAGGGCCUCAAGGCGGGCCUAGCUGGGAGCCCAGGCCUUGUGAGAAAACUUCAAGCAGGGAUCAUUGGGACCUGCCACCAUGGAGACAGAAAGUGAGCAGAACUCAAAUUCAGGAAGUGGCAGUUCGGGCUCCGGAGGCAGCACUCGCCCUCAGAUAUCACAAAUGACCCUUUAUGAACGUCAGGCAGUACAGGCCCUUCAAGCACUGCAGCGACAGCCCAAUGCAGCCCAGUAUUUCCAUCAGUUUAUGCUCCAGCAGCAGCUUAACAGUGCUCAGCUUCACAGCCUGGCUGCAGUCCAGCAGGCGACAAUUGCAGCCAGUCGACAGGCAAAUUCUCCAAACACGAGCACCCCUCAGCAGACAGCAACUACACAGGCUUCGAUUAAUUUGGCCACAACAUCAGCUGCACAGUUAAUCAGCCGUUCACAAAGUGUGAGUUCUCCUAGUACCACCACCUUGACACAAUCUGUACUCCUGGGGAAUACCACCUCACCACCUCUCAACCAGUCACAAGCUCAGAUGUAUCUUCGGCCGCAGCUGGGGAACCUGUUGCAGGUGAACCGAACCUUGGGCCGCAAUGUACCUCUUACUUCCCAGCUCAUCCUGAUGCCUAACGGGGCUGUGGCUGCUGUUCAGCAGGAAGUUCCACCCACUCAUUCUCCUGGGGUCCACACAGACACGGACCAGGUGCAGAAUUUGGCUGUCAGAAAUCAGCAGACCUCAGCAGCUAAUGCCCAGCUCCAGGCUUCUGCUCCAAAGGCUGCUUUACCAGGGAAUUCCCAAUCUUCAGUACUACCACAGGCCACCCAUUCUGGCCAGACUUUGACAGUGACACAAGCUUCUUCAGGCAAUGUAGGGCAGUCUCUAAAUCUCAGCCAAGGAGCAGCGGGAAAUAAUGGCAUUUCUGGAGGUUUAGUAUCAUCUGUGGGGAAUCAUACUGCCUCUGGCUUGAGUCAGACAGCCUCAUCUGUUCCAGGAGGUAGCUGCCAAAGGAAAGGUACUGGUGUAGUUCAGCCUUUACCUGUAGCUUCUGCUGCCCAUGCAGUGACUGUGAGCCAGGGAAGUCAGACCGAAGCAGAAAAUGCAGCAGCAAAGAAGGCUGAAGCAGAUGGCAAUGGUCAGCAGACUGUGGGUAUGAAUCUGACCCGGACAGGUACACCAGCCCCAAGCCAGACUUUGAUCAGUUCUGCCACCUACACUCAAAUCCAGCCUCACUCCCUGAUCCAGCAGCAGCAGCAGAUUCACCUCCAGAAGCAAGUUGUGAUCCAGCAGCAAAUUGCCAUCCAUCACCAGCAACAGUUUCAGCAUCGCCAGUCUCAGCUCUUGCACACUGCCACACACCUCCAACUAGCGCAGCAGCAGCACCAGCAAGCUCCAUCUUUGACACAGCAACAGCAACAGCAAGGGCCAGCUCAGGUUCAGCAGCCGACCCAACCUCUCCAGAGCCAGCAGCCAGCCCAGACUCUUGUUGUCCAGCCCAUGCUUCAGUCACAGCCUCAACCAGUGCAGCUUCAGCAGGACAGUCUUUGCCAGGCAGCCACAAAGUCACCUAUUCCUAUUCAGUCCAAACCCCCAAUUGCUCCACUCAAGGCUCCCCAAUUUGGUGCUGCCAAAAUGUCUGCAUCCCAGCAGCCCCCACCUCACAUCCCAGUACAAGUGGUAGGUAGCCGCCAGCAGGGCUCUGCCCAGGCUCAGGCACUGGGUCUUCCCCAAUUGAACACGGCUGUGCAGGCUCCUCGGGGCUUGCCCGCUGUAGUCCAGCCAGUGUCCCAGGCGCACACAGCCUCCUCAGUGUCACAGAGCUCAUCUGCCUCAUUUUCUUGUUCUCCACCUCUCCUACAAGAAGCCCCUCCUCCACUCUCAUCUGGAGUCAGCGUAGCCCAGGUCCAAGGGACAACACAGGUAAAGAGCACUGCUUCGUCUCCAGUCAUGGCCCAGGCACCACCAGCGGCAUACUAUGUGCAACCUGUCCAAUUACCAAGCAAGCCACAGACCUUGGCAGUCAAGCGUAAAGCAGAAUCAGAAGAGGAAAGGGAGGAAUCCAGUGCACCACCACCUCUCCUGGCUGCCAGAUCUCCUGUGGCCGAGAGUCCUAAAACCACAGAAGAUAAGGGUGGCCAUGGAAGUGAAGGGAACAGGGAGAAAUCAGAGUCCUUCUCUAGUGCUACUACAAAUGCAUCCCCAAGUGACCCUACCUCUGUCACUUCUACAGCUGCUCCUGUGCCCACCUUGGCCAUGUUGUCACGUCAGAUGGGAGACUCCAAACCUCCGCAAGCCAUUGUCAAGCCUCAAAUUCUUACGCAUAUCAUAGAAGGUUUUGUCAUUCAGGAAGGGGCAGAGCCUUUCCCGGUGGGUUGCUCUCAGCUCCUAAAAGAGUUUGAAAAACCUCUUCAAGGUGGCACUCCUGCUAGGCAGACUGAGAGUCAGCCUAGCAACUCCCCUGGCGGGGAGAGCGUAACAGCAGAGCAAGACAAGAAGGGGAAUCUGUUGAAAUGUGAAUUCUGUGGAAAAUAUGGUCCAGCAAAUCAGUUCCGUGGUUCCAAGAGGUUCUGUUCUGUAACAUGUGCCAAGAGGUACAAUGUGGGCUGUAGUCACCAACUUCGGAUGCAAAGGAAAAAAAUGAAAGAGCUCCAGGAAGCAAAUUAUGCCCGUCGGCGGCGUGGGCCUCGGCGCAGUAGCUCAGAGAUUGCUCGAGCCAAGAUCCAGGGCAAACGUCACAGGGGGCAAGAAGAUUCAAGCAGAGGAUCUGAUAAUUCCAGUUAUGAUGAAGCUCUAUCCCCCACAUCUCCAGGACCCCUUUCAAUGAGACCCAGUCAUGGAGACCGGGACCUUGCCAGCUCAAACAUGACUCAACCUAUUCCUGACCUGCAUGGCAUCAACCCUGUCUUCCUGUCCAGCAACCCCAGCCGCUGGAGUGUAGAGGAAGUGUACGAGUUUAUUGCAUCCCUACAAGGUUGCCAGGAAAUUGCAGAGGAGUUUCGCUCACAGGAGAUUGAUGGUCAGGCCUUACUCCUACUGAAGGAAGAACAUCUCAUGAGUGCCAUGAACAUCAAGCUGGGUCCUGCUCUCAAGAUCUGCGCUAAGAUUAACAUUCUCAAAGAGACCUAAUAACAUGGGAAGACAGACUGGUUCCCUUUCCAAGCUGGGACUGUUGCCCCAAGCCUUCAUCAAGGAGGGAAACUGGAGGGAAUGGAUGGAUACUGACAUCUUAUAAGCCUGUCUCUUGGUGCGACGUAGAGAAGGAAUAGCUCCCUUGGAGUCCUUGAAAUCGCUCUUCAAGAGCAUCUCAUGUUGCCUGUGACUGGCUCCUGAGGUUAACAUGGCAAGGAAAACAGGAGUUGUUCUAUGCGAGCUUUCUGAGCGGAAGGGCUGAAAAUGCCCUUAUACUUCUCAGUAGCAGAGUGCUUGGAUGUUUAUAUUCUCCUUCCCAUGGGAUCUUUUUUCUUCUGCAGAUUCACUUUGCAGAGGAUCAACACAACUUGCUUACGUUUUCUCUUGCUGAGGAAGGGAAUCUGGAAGAUUCCAUCUGGAACAAUGAUGAGAGCUAGUUUUUAAUGAGACCUUUCCCCAUUCUCAGUGUUGAUUACAGGUAAGUAGCAAACUGACUUCAUAUAGAACACUGAAGGGGAAGUGUUACGGAUCAUUUAAAAGUUAGGAGCUUCUUUAUGCCUUCCCCAGACAAUAUGAGCACUUUUGACUAUGGUACCAGAGGGGAAUUUCUUUUUAAAAAUCUUAUUAUUCCACUUGUCUUGUGCAUUUGGGAGAAACCAUCCCAGAUCGAAAGGAGAAGCCAAGUGUACUGAAGCUCCAGUUGUUUCUAGCUUGCUUUUAAAAGUUUUCCUUUUUCAGUUUUGUAUUUUGCCCUCCCCCUGAGAUGAGAGAGCAUAUGGGACAAAAGCUUCUUCUUGCAGGUUUGUAUCUCCUAUCAAAGCCUGUUUAUUUUUGUUUAUUAUACAAAUAUUCUCUUCCUCAGUAAAAAGAAUGCUUCAAAAAACAAAGUUGCUGGUCUUUUUGUGGCCUGAUCCUUCUCCUACCAGCUUUCUUGAUACAUGGUAGUAGAGUAGCAGUAUCACUGAGCUUUCACCCAGGCCUGUUACAAAUUUUGAAUGAAAGUUUUGUUGUUGGCCCCUUAAUGAUGACAUGUUAAAGUGGUGUGUAGAAACAAAUUUUCAUCAGUGCAGAGCCUAUUUUAAUAUUUCUUUAACAUUGUAAUCUGUGUGCCUGUCUCCAAAUUUGUGCCUUUUGAAAUUCUGUGGCGUCUAACAGUUCAGAGUAGGAUAGUUUUAUUUCCACUAUUCUGCCAAUGUGUAUUUGGAACAAGCCUGAAAGAUAUAAAAUCAGUGACAAUA